UCCUCAUUCCUCACGCCCUAACCUUCUCCAACUCUCCCCUCUCAUUCUCACGCAAACCAGAAAACAGUGCCACAGCUUCCGCUCCUCUCGCCUUUCUUCAACAGAGUUCUUUACUUCGACCGCCAUCGUGACCCUCUCAAAACCCACAGCCACCAUGAAAACAGAACCCUCUCCCCGUCACUAGCAACGCCGCCGUGAAAAAGUUCAGAACCAAGCACUCCUUAUGUGGGAAGCUCUUCCUUCUGUUGUUGUUGUCGGUGGCCAAGUCGAAUUCCUAAUAAACCCAUUCAUUUAUUCCUUCUAUUUUUUUGCUUUUUUUUUAAUUUGUUACUUUUUUUCAUUGGAAAAUAGAGCUCUGGGAAAUCUUCAGUUUUGGAGAGCAUUGUCGGGAGGGAUUUCUUACCUCGUGGAUCUGUGGGAUAAAGUCGAGGACAAGUAUGUUGUGAGUACACUUAUUUUUGUCAUUAUAGUUGCCCUAUGGGGCUCUACUGGAAUAGUCUCGGCAAUUGACAGGCUUCCUUUGAUUCCUGUCAUUCUGGAGCUCGUCGGUAUUGGUUACAGUUUACACCACGUGGUUUGUAUACAACCUUAUUUUCAAACCAGACAGGGAUGCUCUGUUUCAGAAAAUAAGCGACACAUACAAAGAAAUAACAGGGAGCAGCUGAGAAUGAUGCUGAGAUGAGGUGUUGCAGGGCAUCAACUUGUGGGAGCUUAGUUUGCUUCCAUUUGUUAGCACAAAUUUUCUGGCCAGAAUAAGACAAAUUUAUAACAGGGAUGCAUGUAUAUUUUUUAUUUCCCCCGCUAUAUAGAAAUACUCUCGGAUGCUAGUAAGUAAGCACAUAAAAAACUAGAUCAAUUGUCUAAAUUUUCUAGUAUGUUUUAGUUUUUGCUUGGCUCCAUGGUUGAGGUAUGAGAUCAUCAUGGACUCGUUGCAGUUAUGAUGAAGAACAUGUUCCUUCCAAAAUCUAUUUUUUUUUCUUGCAUUUUAAGGGAUUGUUACACGGAGACCAUUGGUGUUGCAGCUUCAUAAGACAGAAUCAGGAGCUGAAUAUGCAGAGUUUCUUCAUGCUCCAAAUAAGAGAUUCACUGAUUUUGUAAGAGAAGUGCUGGUGUAUGAAAUAGACAUUCUUGUUUACAUCGAACUAUUUGGUGAAGGGAAAAGGAAACAAAAACCCUUGCCUUCCACGUUCGAUCUAUAACUUGCAAAAGGGGAAAAAACUAUUUCAUUAAGGAACAUAAGAGGAUGGAGGGUACGAACAGUGCAUCGGUCUCCUCUUCGUGGCCGACAGUAUGGCACGGGGUCUUGUAGAGCAAGGCAUGGGCAGAUAUGGGCACGGUGUGGGUCUUGCUCGGGGUGCUAAAAUUGGCAAGACCAAUGCAGCUCAAUUUUUUAGCUGCUGGUGUUCUUCACGUGGGAGCAUGGGUGGCUGGAUGGGGAGCCGAGCCUUUGCCUGCUCAUGGGUGGUGCUUGGACAGCAGGGUAUGGGCGUUGCUGCUUGGUUGUCGUGCUUCACGUGGGGACUAGUGUUUUAAUUUAAUUUGGGUUUGAUUUAAAGGAACUCUAUACAUUUAAUUUGG